AUGCCGCACAAGUCGCCAUACCCUGAUGUGGAUAUCCCUGAUGUCGACAUCUGGUCGUUAUUGUUCGACCGGCAGAAACGGCCAUAUCGCCAUGAUAAGCUCCUCCUCCAGGAAGUCAACUCAGCUCGGAAAUACUCAUACAAGAACCUGAGGCAGGCUUCCAUCGCCUGCGGCCAAGGCUUGCGGGAUGCAUGGAAAUGGCAGAAGGGCGAAGUGUUGGCCAUCUACUCUCCAAACGAUGUCGACUAUGCCGCUGUGAGUCUGGGCUGUCACUGGGCCGGUGGCGUCGUGACCACGGUGAGCCCGGCAUGCACGACCGAUGAGCUUGUGGGACAGCUGCGGGAUUCUGGUGCUCGAGGAAUAGUGACACAUCAAUCGUCCAUUGACAAGGCGAAAGCUGCCGCAAGAGAAGUCGGUAUACCUGAAGACCGUAUUGCUCUCAUGGGCCCAGAAGCUGCAGGUGCCGGCGCAAAGCACUUCACUGCUCUGACGGGAAACUCUCAUCGGUCAACGGAUGAGCGACGGCCAUUCGCUAUCAACCCGCGAGAUGACUUGGCGUUCUUGGUGUUCUCGAGCGGCACAACAGGCAAGCCAAAGGGUGUGAUGUUGAGUCAUCGCAACAUCGUAUCGAACAUCUCGCAGGGCGCUGUCAGUUCGGUAGGCAAUCUUGGUUGCGGUGAUGGCACAACUGGAUCUGGGGACAAAGUCAUGGCGUUCUUGCCAUUCUACCAUAUAUAUGGCUUAACUGUCCUGCUGCACUUCGGAAUCUGGCAAGGCCUCGAAUCAUUCGUAAUGCCGCAGUUCGAUAUCCGCCAGUUUUGCGAAACUGUGCAAAGGCACAAGAUAACAUACGCCAACAUAGUGCCUCGGGUAGCGGUGGCGCUUGCAAAAGUGCCAAUUGUGGAAAAGUAUGACCUCAGCAGCAUCAGGAUGCUGAACUCUGCAGCAGCACCGCUGAGCAAAGAACUCGUGGAGCUGGUACACAAGCGUCUCAGCAUACCGAUCAAACAGGCAUUUGGCCUCAGCGAGACCAGUCCUGGCUUGACUCAGCAAGAUUGGAAUGAUUGGGACCGAGGGAUCGGAUCUGUUGGUCAUUUGUUGCCCAACGUCGAAGGUAAAGUCGUAGACAUGGAGAAAGGCACAGAGCUCGAUGUCGAUGGUGUUGGAGAGCUGUGCUUUCGAGGGCCGAAUAUCUUCAAGGGGUACUUGAACAAUAUCGCCGCAACCAAAAACUCCCUCACGGCCGAUGGGUGGUACAAGAGUGGCGAUAUCGGCUACGUGGAUCGCGACGGCCGUUUCUUCAUCACUGAUCGCAUCAAGGAGCUGAUCAAGUACAACGGCUUUCAAGUCGCUCCCGCAGAGUUGGAAGGACUGCUGCUGAAGCACCCGAAAGUGAAAGAUGCAGCCGUGAUUGGUGUCUUCUCCCAAGAGCGGCAGACUGAACUUCCACGAGCCUAUUUGGUGCUCGAUGAAGGCGCAGCAAGAUCAAAGGAGACGGCCGAGGAAAUAGCGCAGUGGUUGGGCGCGAGGGUGGCGAAUUACAAGCGUCUGCGAGGAGGUGUGCGCUUCAUCGAUGCCAUUCCAGCAUCGGCUGCCGGGAAGCUGCUGAGGCGGGAGCUGAAGGUCAUGGCUCAGGCGGAAGAGAAGACCAGAGCCAAGCUGUAG